AUACACACUACAACCGGUACAACACUAUCAAAUGAACCAGUGAACAUAAUAGUGACGGUGGUGUAACGUACAAAUAACUUGGAAUUUACAUAAUACAUACAAUAUAAAAAAUCGAUACAAAUAUUUCUCUAUAAAUCGUCAGUGUAAAUAAUUUAUAAGAUGUCAAGAUUAGUAAUGGUAAUUAAAGAAACAUUUCGGAAACAUCCAAUGUUGGCUAAUUCAACAGUGUAUGGGACAAUGUGUGUUGGAGCCGAAUUAUCGCAACAAAUAAUAACUAAGCGGAUACUGAAUAAAACUGAGCCUCCAGAGCCAAUAGAUAAAGAAGUUUUGGGACAUUACGCCGUAAUUGGCACUUUGAUUAGUCCAAACAUACUCUAUUUUUGGUACAAGUGGUUAGAUAAAGCUUUUGUGGGUACUGCGCCAAAAAUCAUUGUUAAAAAAAUGCUCUUAGAUCAGUUCCUUAUGACUCCACCGCUUUAUGUAAUUUUUUAUGUUAGCAUGAGUCUUAUGGAGGGUAAAAGCAAUCUAUUAGAAGAAUGUCGACAAAAGUUCAUUCCGACGUUCAAAACAAGCUGUGUCUUUUGGUUGCCUGCACAAGCUAUAAAUUUCAUGUUAGUCCCACCACCGGCUAGAGUCAUUUAUGUGGGAACAUGCUCGUUCAUAUGGAUAAAUAUGUUAUGCUGGAUCAAAAGAAACGAUUACAACACUGUAAAAGAAGUGCAGCAAUAAUUAAUAUCGCACAAAGGUUAACAAGUUUUAUUUAAUGCGUCAAAGUCUCAUACGGCAUUGUGUGUUUAUAUAUUUAGUUUUAAGCGUAUUACCGUGUUUUUGAAGUAUUAACAAGAUAAGAAUUAUUGAAACAGCACCGACAAUAAAUUAUAUUUACACUUUUUAUAGAUGACACAAAUAUAAACAUAUAUUUAUAAGACA